UUUUAGCAUGCCACAGGAAGUGGCAAAUGGAGAGAGAGAGAGAGAGAGAGAGAUAUCAACCUGUUUCUGACUUUUGCUUUUGGAUCUACCAAACGGAAUUAGCGUCGUAGUAUGGACGGUGGUGGCGGUGGAAGCGGCGGUUCUUUCACAAGCAUUAUAUUAUCAUUCAAUUAAUGGAGAUGGCGAAAGUGGUUAGAAAUUGGUGGAGCCAUUCAAAGACUGUGGUUCUGAUCUGGUCUAUUUGCAUAGCCAUUUACUUCUCUUUGCUCCGCCUGGCUCUCAAUAAUUCAUCUUCCCUUGGUUACACUUCUACUAUAGCUCGAGUUUUGUUGGAAUCAAAUUUGGGGUGUGAAUUUCUAGAUACUCACUGAUGUAUGCGAGAACAGUGGAAUUGUACGAACUAGCAACUACUAACUUUGGGAAUACUUGUAUCAGAUUCUCCUGUUUCCAAUAUGGAACAAAGAUCAAGAUUAUAUGAUAAAAUGGAAAGAGAUUUGGAUGAGAAUGGACCAGCAUUCCUCAAACACGGAGGAACAACUCAGUCGUUGUCUCUUUCAGAUAUUUUCACCUUGAAAGAUGGAUCUGUAAAGCCUGUACAUAAGGCAGCUAACCCUCCUGUCAGGGCAAAUGUGCUGUAUCUUAGCCCUGAAUACUCAGUACCCAUCUCGGAGUCUGCAAAACAAGUGUUUCACCCAUACUUUGGUAAAGCGAUUUGGUUUCAGAACUCUAGUUUAUACCAUUUCAGUAUGUUUCAUGCUUCACAUCAUAUUGUACCUGUUCCCGCAACAGAGGAUGAGAUUGAAGCUGAAGCAACUGCUGUUGGAGCUGUUGCUGAGGGCCUCUGUCCCUUAAAAAUUGUCUUAGAUAGAGUGGUUUUGACUUCAACUGGUGUGCUUCUUGGAUGCUGGCAGGUGAUCUCCGGACCUGACCCUGUAACAAUUCGUGCUAAAUUGAGGUCUGCACUUCCACGUGCCCCAGAAAAGCAACUUUAUGAUGACGCUAUUCUUCAUACUUCCUUUGCAAGGCUUCUUGGUCAUCCCAAAGUUUCAUCGACGGAACCUUCAAAAGAACUCCAUGUUUCCCAUGAGCUUGUUGCUCGUCUAAACAGUAUAAUUCGCGGAGCUGAGGUAGUUAUUUCUGAACUGUGGUACGUGGAGGAAUAUGACGUAUUGGCUCUCGCAUUGGAUGGAAGAAUGAAGGAACGCAGGUUCCGACUUGGAUGCAAAAGAACCUGAAAGUUUCAUAGUCACGAAUAUAAUUAGGAUCAUAUAUUGUUACCACUGACGGCUCCAGAAUUUUAUUUAUUUUUAUUAUUUUUUUUUUACUUUUAAACUUCAGAGGCAUUGUAGUUUCAUCAUGAUCGCAAUUGUCUCUAGUUUAGGUUAUGUUGCUUUUCUUUAUCCCACAAAUCUAAAGUAUACAACCAACUUGUAUUAUUGUCGUUGUUUAUGAAGUGGUUGUGCGUUUCUAUUUCCUA